AUGCCGCCCGGCGAUGAGAAAGCCCCCGUGAAGCUCUCGCUGCCGCUGCAGUACCAGCAAGACAUCUUCCAGGAUCUGCGCAAUGAGGACCAGCUCGUCGUCCUCGCCCGCGGCCUCGGUCUGCUGCGCAUCGUGACCAACCUCCUCCACGCCUACGAUGCCGCCGGAAACAACCUCGUCCUUCUCGUCGGCGCCGACGACCGCGAAAAUGGCUGGAUCGGCGAGUCGCUGGCUGAACAUGCUGCUGUUAGCAACGCUCCCAAGGCCCGCGGCCUUAGCCUGGUCAACACCGACAUGAUGAGUGUGGGGACGCGCGAGAAGAUGUAUUCGCGCGGCGGCAUCUUCAGUAUAACCUCGCGCAUUCUCAUCGUGGAUCUGCUCUCCGGUCUUCUCGACCCGGCCACCAUCACUGGCUGCGUCGUGCUGCACGCCGAUAAAGUUGUCGCGACAUCGCUGGAAGCCUUCAUCUUGCGCAUCUAUCGCCAGAAGAACAAGGCGGGCUUCUUGAAAGCUUUCUCCGACAACCCCGAGCCAUUUGCUACCGGCUUUUCCCCGUUGGCUACCAUGAUGAGGAAUCUGUUCCUGCGGAAGCCCUCUCUGUAUCCGCGCUUCCAUGUCUCUGUGGCGAAAUCUCUGGAGGGCCGCCGGAAAGCUGAAGUCAUUGAAUUGGAGGUACCAAUGACUGACAACAUGGCCGCUAUCCAACAAGCUGUUAUGGAAUGUGUCGAGGUGAGCAUUGCUGAACUUCGAAAGAACAAUUCUGGCUCUCUAGACAUGGAGGACUGGACACUGGACAGCGCCUUGCACAGAAAUUUCGAUACCCAGAUUCGACGUCAGCUGGAUCCAGUAUGGCACCGGACAAGCUUCCGCACACGUCAGAUAGUGCGCGAUCUUUCCCUACUGCGCCAAAUCCUCCAUGCCCUCUUGGCGUAUGACGCUGUAGAUUUCAACAAGUACUUAGACACCGUCAUCGCCGCCUCGUCUCCGCCGCCCGGAUCCAACCGGAUGAAUCAAUCGCCCUGGCUCUUCCUCGAUGCUGCUCAUACCUUGUUUGAAACUGCAAAGCGACGUGUCUAUGCCGGCAAGCUCACCGAUACCAGCACGACCAACGCCUCCAGCGAGGUGCCGGAUUCGCUCAGACCUGUUCUUGAGGAAUUGCCAAAGUGGCGCAUGCUUGCUGAGGUCUUGGAAGAAAUUGAAAGGGAUUUCUACUUCAACCCUGUUCCUCAGGACGACUCGAGCGGCGCUAUUCUCAUCAUGUGCGGAGACAACAGCACUUGCCGACAGCUGCGUGAGUACCUGCAAACCAUGCGUGUCAGACCGGAUGAGCAAGAUAACAACGACGAAAAACUGGAGGAGAGGGGUCCAUCUGCUGCCUUCAUGAUGAGACGGAAGUUGCGGAACUAUAUCACUUGGAAAAGAGACUUUAACAGAGUCAGCGCUUCUCUCUUUGCGGAGAAUAACAAAGUGAUCAACAACGACACUCGCAGUGGUCAAGUCGGACCGGGAAGAGCACCUCCGAAUAAGAGACGACGUGUCCGCGGUGGAGCGGCGGCUGGAUCUGGCCCGUCUAGGACUGUGAUGGGGGAGAUGCAACAGAGCUUCAACCGCGAUGCUCACAUGCAGAGCCUUCUCGCCGACCUUCAGCCAACGGGGGAAGAGACGCAGCAGAAAGGCGAAAUCGCAGCGGAUCCUCUUGAAAACAUGGAGGACUAUUACGAGCUGUACGAGAUGAAAGAGUUGAUCGUAAUUCAUCCAUACGAUGGGGACAUGGAUGAACAUGUCCUGGAAGAAAUACGGCCACGUUACGUCAUCAUGUACGAGCCGGAUGCUGCCUUUAUCCGACGGGUAGAAGUCUACCGUAGCUCGCACACCGACCGCAACGUCAGGGUGUACUUCAUGUACUACGGCGGGUCCGUUGAAGAGCAACGCUAUCUCAGCGCUGUCAGACGUGAGAAGGAUGCCUUCUCCAAGCUCAUUCGUGAAAGAGGCAAUAUGGCCCUUGUCCUGGACAACAACAGCACGGCAGAUCCGCAAGAGACUUUCCUUCGAACAGUGAACACUCGCAUUGCCGGCGGUGGUCGUCUAGCCGCCACGGCAGCUCCCCCACGGGUAGUCGUGGAUUUACGCGAGUUCCGAUCAUCUCUCCCGUCUCUGUGUCACGGUCGAAACAUGGUCGUUGUGCCGUGUAUGCUGACGGUCGGCGACUAUGUGCUCACGCCCAACAUCUGCAUCGAGCGCAAGAGUGUCAGCGACUUGAUUUCGUCGUUCAACAACGGUCGCUUGUACAAUCAAGCUGAGACCAUGCUCCAGCACUACAAGAACCCCAUGCUGCUCAUUGAGUUUGAUCAGAACAAAUCAUUCACGCUCGAACCAUUUGCCGACCUGAGCCAGUCGGCUGCCGCUGCCGCAAUGGCCGCCCCCGAUCUCCAGGCUAAGAUUGUCAUGCUGACAAUUGCAUUCCCCCGGUUGCGCAUAAUCUGGUCCAGCUCACCGUAUCAGACGGCUGAGAUCUUUGAGGAGUUGAAGAAGCAACAGGAUGAGCCAGACCCCAUCAAGGCGGUGCAGAUUGGGCUCGAAGAAGGUGAAGACGCUGAGAGUAAGACAUUCAAUCAAGUGCCCCAGGAUAUGUUGCGUGCUGUGCCGGGCAUCAUGGGAGAUGAAAAGAGACUCCAACGGAUUACUUUCAACGUGGGUAGUGUUUUCGAGCUGGCGAACAUGACGGAGGAGGCGCUGAAUGAGCUUUGUGGUAAAGAGGCAGGAAGGCAGAUUUUCAGGUUCUUCAAUCGUGAUAUAGUUGAUGACUAG